AUGCCUUUCGACAAUAAUACCCUACAGGGUCUCUCAGCGAUAUUGGGCUGCGACCCUAUAGUGAUAUUGAGGAUCUUUCAAAAGAGUGACAAUCUCCUUCAAGCCGCGCGUAAGGCCGUCUUGCGCGUUAUUGCAGACACGCCACCUGCUCCUCGCUCUGCUGCGCAGAGCCAGACCAUGCGAGGUCUGGUGACGAGAUACUUGCGAUAUUUUGGCGACAAAGACUGCGUUGCCCGAGAUCUCAAAUUAUUUGAAAGACAAGGAAUCCUCGAACCGUCGCCAUGGUACAGCCGCAACUCGCAAGAGCGGUUCGACAGCCACUGUGGCGAGCCCACCAUCAUUAUCGAGGGAGAACCGUGGCCAGCGUGGUUCACGCAAGAGCAUUUCGAUUGGCUUCAGCUCAUGACAGGUAUCCAUGAAGGGGAUUUCUACAUCGAACUUAAAAACGACGAGAAUAUAUGCAGAGCUGCCAUCAAAGCCAUCAUGAGAGAACUUCCACCGGAUGUCAGAGCCGAAUUUGAGAGUGAUGUUACUUCCCAAAUUGGUCUCGCUGUGAACGUGCCUAUGGAACGUAUCAGCGUACCGACAUCAAAGCCACUACCACCACUCCCGCAAGCGCCUCGGUUGUCGAGCAACGCUGCCAUCCCCGUUCCAGCUGUCAUUCAAUCUGCUUCACCUGGCCUCCGUGAUGAGUGGACCUCUGCCUCAGAGUGUAUCCAGUUUGGCAACCAGUGGGAGCAGAAUAUCCUCGAUGAAGCAGAGGACGAAGCCCAGGAGCCGUACAGACCUCUCCGAGUCGAAUACUUGCCGGAAAUGCGCGAUGACAACUUCACCGUCCGCAACCCGAACGCUCCUCAGAUCAAGCCCUUUGAUUUUGAACGCCGGCACCUGGCCCAGAACCGAUCUUUCAUGGCGGAUGAUGAUGAUGACGAGACGCUGCAGGAACCUCCGAAAACGUCGAGUAGUAGAAAGACUGGAGGACUUUCCCGACAGAAUGCCGUUAGGAAAGUGGGUUACCAGCCUCGUGGCAACAAUAAUUCUUCAUCAACCCGAUCUCGCAUCAACAACGGUCCGCGGAGAGGAAAGUACCGCGUGGUCAAGGCAGUUUCGCCUCGGCAGAAGCUUCCAGCGUGGGCCUGGGGUCCACCACAGACUCUGCGGAGUACGAGAUUCUAG